AUGGGCUUAAUUAAGCAAGUUACAUCAUGGUCUUAUGAUGGGCUGCUAGACUAUAUAUCUGUCAAUCCUACAAGAGAUGAGGUUACCCAUUACAAGGUGGAUCCAAACGAUGAAAGUGAUGAGUCCAUUAUGAAAUUAAGAACGGAAAAGGAUUUUAGUAGUAUUACAUGCUUAGAUUACUCUUCUAUGGAAGUUGGAAUGAUAGGUGUAGGUGAAAGAAGUGGUUACAUAAGACUAUUUGAUAUUACUGUAAAUGACCAUUUAGAGUAUGACACAUUUGAUAUUAAAACAAGGGCCAAACAACUUAGAUGCAUUAAUACUAUCGGAAUAAAUAAUAAUGGCCUAAUUGCAAUGGGCCUGGACAGAAAUAGAAAUGAUGCAUCACUACAAGUUUGGGAUGUGAAUUAUCAAGAUUCUACAACUGAAUUUGUUAAUCCGACUUUUUCAUUCUGUGUUAAUGAAAGCAUUGUUUCUUUGAAAUUUUUAAAUGAAACAGCCAUUAUUGUUGCAAGUACUAAAUUGUUAAAAGAAAUUGAUUUAAGAUCACCGAAUCCUAUUUUCCAAUACCCCAGUAGAUUGACCUACGAUAUCAAACUAAAUCCCUUUAAUGAAUGGCAAUUUUCUACUUAUGGUGACGAUGGUACACUGGCUAUCUGGGAUAGAAGGAAAUUAGUACCGAAUUUUAAUACAGGUGACCUCCUAGCGGCACAACCUCUUUUACAAUUCGAUAAGCUUGUGGGAACUGGUGCAGCCUCAAGAAAAUAUAUGAAUUCUUGCUUCCGAUGGUCAGCGGUUCGUAAUAAUGAAUUUGCAACUCUUCAUCGUGGGGAAGUUAUUAAAAGAUGGCAAUUAGGGUCUUAUAAAAAUGAUGUGGUAGAUGAAUAUGAUACAAAUGUACUAUUUGUUUAUCGGGUAAGAGAUGUAAAUACCACCUUCGACAAAGUGGUUACAUUUGAUUAUAUUCCCAAAGAAAACCAAAGUUGCAGUGUACUAUGUAUGAGACAAUCUGGUACAGUAUACAGAAUGCCAAUUAAUGAAAGCUAUAGUUGUGUAAAAUUUAAUAACUAUAACUCAAUAAUAUUUGCAAAUGGUGAGAUACCUACUAUGGAUGAACUGAAAGUUGAGGACGAUGAGCAAAGCACUGAAGAGGGAAAUGUUUCUGUUGCACUAGAAAAUCUUUCUUUUGAGGAUUUAGAUGUAGGAGACGAAUAUUCAGAACAUGAUCAUGAUGAAACCUAUGAAACCCUCUCAAAUCAUAGUAACCAAGAUAAUAAUGAGCAAGAGCCUAAUUUCGAUGAUGAAGAUUACGAUCAUGAAAAUUUAGAAACAUUUAAUCAUUCCUUAUUUUGGAAACCAGAAAAACUGCUUGAAAGGGACAUUAGUGUCGUAAUGAGAAUGAGAGCAACACUAGGAUAUGGUCUCGAUGCUAUGCGUACGGUCGAAACUAUAGACCAGUCAAAAUACUUACAAAACUACUCCUAUAUUAGAAAUACUUGGAAAUGGAUCGCUAUUGCCAAAGCAUCCGUUGAUGACGGUACUAUGGUAUCUGGUGAUUUAGAUCUGGGAUUUGAAGGUAUUUUAGGUAUUUGGAAUGGUCUACAUGGACUAUCAAAUCAGAAACGUUACAGAGAAGGUGCAAUACUAACUGAGAAGCAGCUUAAUAAAGAAAUGGAAAAAAUUAUUAGAUUAAGAAGAAGAUAUAAGGCAAGUAUGGGCUAUAAAGAAAGUUUAGCAAAGACACCUGAUUCUGGAAAAAACACACAAAGAAAAUUAUGCCUAAUUAUUUCUGGCUGGGAUCUUACUCCCACUGAUUAUGAGGAUAAAUAUCAAAAAAUAAUAGCUAGUGGUAACUAUGAGAAGGCAGCUGCAUGGGCAGUCUUCUUUGGAGACAUUCCAAAGGCAGUCGAGAUCUUAGGGUCUGCAAAGAGGGAACGGUUACGUUUAAUUGGCACAGCAAUUUCAGGAUAUAUGGCUUAUAAAGACAAACCUGGUGACAAUGCAUGGAGACAGCAAUGCAGAAAAAUGUCCUCUGAAUUAGAAAAUCCUUAUCUGCGAGUAAUAUUUGCCUUUAUUGCAGAUAAUGAUUGGUGGGAUAUUCUCUACGAACCUGCAAUUUCGUUACGUGAAAAAUUAGGUGUUGCACUAAGAAACCUAAAUGAUACCGAUUUAACAAGAUUUUUGGAGAGAACCUCUUACACAAUGAUUGAAAAUGGUGAGUUGGAAGGAUUGAUCCUAACUGGUAUAACACCAAGUGGUAUUGAUUUGUUGCAAUCAUACGUGAGCAAAACAAGUGACGUUCAGAGUGCAGCUUUGAUCUCUAUCUUCGGUAGCCCCCGUUAUUUCCAGGAUGAACGUGUCGAUGAAUGGGUUCAAACUUAUAGAUCAAUGUUGAAUUCAUGGGGCCUAUUCUUGAUGAGAUCAAAGUUUGACGUUUUGCGUACUAAGCUUUCAAGGACAAGUGCUGGUGUUGUUACUGCCAAAAUAAAGUCAAGACAAUUAUUUAUUCAAUGCAUGAAUUGCAAAAAAAACAUCAAUUCAUCAAGUUUUAACGGGAAAAGCCAUAACGAGAGUUCGGAACCAUUAGACUUCAAGCGCUUUGGCAAUAAAAAAUCUGUGAAAGAUAACCCAAGAAAGAAACAUUCAUGUCCCCAUUGUGGUACAUCUUUCCCUCAUUGUGCCAUAUGUUUAUUACCUCUAGGUACCACUAAUUUACCCUUCACUAUUGAAGGUUUUCAGAACAAACUAGAGAUCCAGGAUGAUGCUUUAUCUGAAUUUGGAGAAAAAAAUUCUGAAGAAAUAAUGAAGAAUAAAAUAUAUAAGUCUAGAAAGCUUCGAUUAAACGAAUGGUUCAGUUUUUGUUUAAGCUGUAAUCAUGGUAUGCAUGCUGGCCAUGCCGAGGAGUGGUUUAAUAAACAUUCAGUAUGCCCGACUCCACGCUGUACAUGCCAAUGCAAUAAAUAG